GGUUUUUUCCACCUUUCACGAACAGUUUUGGACAUGCAAGGAUUAAAAAGGAUACUGACUGCUUUCACUCUGACCAUCUGCCUUUUGAGCCCUGGAAAAGCACAGCAACAAUGCACUAAUGGGUUUGACCUGGACCGUGCCUCUGGGCAAUGCUUAGAUAUUGAUGAAUGCCGGACUAUUCCCGAGGCCUGCAGAGGAGAUAUGGUGUGUGUCAACCAGAAUGGUGGCUAUUUAUGCGUACCCCGAACAAACCCAGUGUAUCGAUCACCAUAUCUGAAUCCUUAUUCAAAUAUUUAUCCACCACCCCCAGCAUCAGGCCCUGUUUCUAACUACCCUACUGUUACAAGACCUCUGAUGUGUCGAUUUGGUUACCAGUUAGAUGAAAACAAUCAGUGUGCUGAUGUGGAUGAAUGCGCUUCAGAUUCUCACCAGUGUAAUCCCACCCAGAUCUGCAUAAAUACUGAAGGGGGCUAUACCUGUUCCUGCACUGAAGGCUACUGGCUGUUAGAAGGCCAAUGUUUAGAUAUAGAUGAAUGUCGCUACGGCUACUGCCAGCAGCUGUGUGCCAAUGUGCCCGGUUCCUAUUCCUGUACCUGCAACCCAGGCUUUACCCUUAAUGAUGAUGGAAGAUCAUGCCAAGAUGUGAACGAAUGUACAAGUGAAAACCCUUGCACUCAGACCUGUGUCAAUACCUAUGGCUCUUUCCUCUGCCGCUGUGAACCUGGCUAUGAACUGGAAGCUGAUGGAGUUAAUUGCAGUGACAUGGACGAAUGCAGCUUCUCAGAGUUCCUCUGCCAGCAUGAAUGUGUAAACGGGCCCGGCUCUUACUACUGUAUCUGUCCUUCAGGCUAUAACUUGCUUGAUGAUAGCAGAAGCUGCCAAGAUAUCAACGAAUGUGAAACCAGAAACUUCACCUGCACCCCACAGCAAACAUGUUUCAAUAUCCCAGGAGAAUAUAAGUGUUUAGACCCAGUAAGAUGUGAGGAUCCUUAUAUACAGAUUAAUGAGAACCGCUGCAUGUGCCCAGCCGAGAACGCCGGUUGCAGAGACCAGCCCUUCACCAUCCUGUACCGAGUGAUGGACAUGGUGUCCGGGCGGUCUGUGCCCUCUGACAUCUUUCAGAUGCAAGCAACAACUCGCUAUCCUGGAGCCUAUUACAUCUUCCAAAUCAAAUCAGGGAACGAGGGCAGGGAAUUCUACAUGCGGCAAACAGGACCAAUCAGUGCUACCCUGGUGAUGACCCGCCCCGUGAAGGGGCCCCGUACUGUUCAGUUGGACUUGGAAAUGAUCACUGUAAACACCGUCAUCAACUUCAGAGGAAGCUCUGUCAUCCGGCUGACGAUAUACGUAUCACAGUACUCCUUCUAAACCUCGAGCCUGUGUCCUGGAAACACUCAAAUAAAAGAGACAGUUCCUUCUCUGCAAAAUUUUCU